AUGAACAUAGUGCGGGUUUGUGCAUUAUAACAAUUUUCACUUCUUCAUUUCCCAUUUAGAAUGUUUAUCUUCGACGAAAAGCCGUUUUCUGCACGUUAUCAUCUUCUGCCAUCCGCUUUUUGCCUCGUUUAAACUGGCAUGCAGACGUUUUGAUAAUCGGUAUAAUAAAGAAAUUCAUUUUGCCUCCGAAUAUCUUGUCCCAAGAUGAAGCAGCCCAAUGUACCGAGCCGGCAGUUUGGGCGGCGAUAGUUGGGACCAAACGCUGCAUUCUCGUUGGAGACCCGGCUCAGCUACCAGCUGUCGUCAAGUCCGACAAGUCGGUUUUCAUUUUUCAAGUUUUUUGAGCUGCACCUUUUUUUCACAUACGAGUGCAAAUUAAUUUGUAGUUUGUUCUUCCUAAUUGAGAUGUUGCUUCAAGCUUAUUUCGUUACGAAAAACGAUACAUUUCCAUGCGUACAAAAUGUUAUUCUAAAAGUUUUGCUCGAAAUAUCGAUCCAUCAAAACAUUAAAUUCCAAUAAUUAAUCAUUAAUGUAGGUGAUCAAAAACUGACCUAAUAAACGAUUUCUCGAAAAAGGACAUGUUAAAAUCUGGUUGGACAGGGACGUAGUUUCAAUUGAAACGGUGAAACGAUCGGUUUGAUGAACUCUAGCACAUAUUGCCUAUUCCGAGUCAGCUUGUCCGAAACCUUAUACCAAAUUAUAUCGAAAUUGAGAAUCUUCGCUUCAAGACCUUUGUUGUCUGCUGUCUUUUUAGCAGUUUUGUAGAGCAGAAAUUGUGUUUACGGUAGCUCUUUCUUUCCUGUUUUUUAAAACGUGACUAACUUUUUUUUCGUUUUCAUUAUCAGAAAAGCGUAUACAAAUUUUUUGCGAAGAAUCUCUACAAACUUUCCUUCUGAGUUUUUAGAGCCAUUUCUUCCGGGCUACAAGUUUCUCUCAUGGAACGUUUGAUGAAGGAGUUUUCGAACGGCAACGUCGGGAUCAUGCUCGACGAGCAAUACCGGUAGCACUGGCGUCAGGUGUCCGUUUUUCACAUCAGAUUCAGCUCCAACGAUGCGAUCGUCCGUUGGUCAUCCGAAAGUUUUUAUGACGCUAAACUACGUUCACACGAAUCUGUGGCUAAUCAGAGACUGAGGUCCCUUUUGAAAUUUUUUUUUAUUGAAAGUUUUAACUUUCUUUCAAACCCACUAGCUUACAGCGACCGAUAUUUUGUUGAUAAAGAUUCAAUAUUGGACUCGCCCAUUUUACUGAUCAACACCGACUUCAAAAGCAACCGCAGUCGGGAACAGUUUUCCCAUCGAUCUUGCUAUAAUCGAGGUCAUAACUUCAUUUUUUGUUUUGUUCUCAUCAUAAUUCUGGGCUUCUACAGAUGAAGUCGAGGUCAUUGUUAAAUAUGUGAAUUUGCUGCUUCGGGCCAAUGUACCUCCUCAGGACAUUGCUGUUAUCGCGCCAUACUUUGCGCAGGUUCGAUGUUAAUGAACAAUCAUGAGAGUUAAUUUCAAAAAAUCAAGGUGGAAGAACUACGAAAGGCUAUCAAGAACGAAAGCGUCGCGGUCAAUUCCGUCGACGCGUUUCAAGGGCAAGAGCGAGAAGUCGUCAUUUUCAGUACUGUUAGAGACAACAAACAAGGUGUGACCAGCUAGUCUCAGAUCAGAAUCGUCAUUCUUUCAAUCAAAAAACUGUCCAUUUAUGAAUUCCAACAUGUGCAAGAGCCAUUGGAAAAAGGGUCCUGACACGAUAAUGCACGAGAUUGUGCCUAUCUCUUGGAGAGCACAGACAGGCCUUGCCCUCUUAGUGUCCCAAGACAGCCGUGAAUCAGCUAUAUAUUUUGACUUCUAGCGGUCAUAAUAAACUCCGCAAAAUCACUUUUAAACACGGAGUUAGUUUUGUAGGCUAUCUGGGAUUUCUGCGCGAAGAGAGGCGACUGAAUGUCGCUAUAACACGGGCCAAGCGACAGUUUGUCAUGAUUGGAAGCGUCAAAACGAUUUGUUCUGACGAGAAUCUCAGCUCUUUCUACAGGUUGAUCGGUCUACCUACGUUUUUCUUUUAUUCCCUUCCUUUCAGGUAUCUCUUAGAGCGAAAAUCCGUCUAUGAUCCCGCUGAGGUCUUUGCUUCAUUUUUUUGA